AGACAAAGAAACAUUCGAGAGUUUACUGGGUUUUCUACAACUUUCUUCUCUGCACGAUUUCCAAGAGUUUCACUGUUAACAUCCUCGAUUUUUUGUCUUUGCACAGGCGCGGUGGGCGGCAUAAAGACAGAACCAUGAACAACCACCGCGAAUUUCGUUCGGGUAUCACUAUCGGAUGAGGACGCUGGUCGAUGAAAGCAGAACAGUUCAUCUGAUGAAUUGUCUGUUCACCUGUUCCAAGAAAUAUCGUCAGGAUUUGGAUUAAAUUCCUCGUUGUCUUGAACACUUUCUCGUGGCUGAGUAGACUGCAACAAGAAAGUCUCACACUGGAACUAUUUUUCUCGUGUGAUCCCUUGUCUUCAAACCGCCCACCAGGUUGCUCCGUCUCUGUUGCCUUUCAUUUCCCUGUGCUUGUUGUGAGAUGCUCCACGUUGCGGGCUCCCGUCUACGCUAGGAGUUUCGUAGGGAAGCACACGUCAGCGUGGCAGGAAAACAGGCACCCCGACACGCGGGACGAACGGAGAGGAGCCCCUUCCAGAAUCUUUCUCUGAAUCCGUUUUUCCUUUUCCACAAAAAUGUCGGCGGCCGUUGAUGCUCAAGCUGUUCCUCUGGGAGGCCAACGAGUUCCUGCGGGCAUGGAAGACCAUGCUGACUGGCGCAACUUUCCUGUUGUUGCAAAAACUUCGGAGCCCGAGGACCUCGGCGUUGCGUAUGCCAGCGUGCUGAAGCUCCGAAGUGAACUGGGAGAAAUCAAAAAGCUCCUCACAGCCGUAGCUCCCGCGGUCAAGAAUCUCAUCUUCGCAUCAGAUGGCGGCAAUGAAGAGGAGGCGUCGAGUGCUAAGAACCAGAUGGAGGAGCAACUGCAAGAAGUUGAGAAACGAGUAGAAAUCGUCCGUACUGACAUGGCUGCUGAAGCCUUGAAGGGUGCCGCCACGAAUCGUGCUGAGGGAUGGUUGUCCGAGUCAACGGAAGAAAAAGUAAAGAGUGGGACCGAGAAGGCGGCCCAGCUGGCAAAAGAUGUUAUGGCAGACAGUGCUGAGCUCUGCCGGAAAUGUCUCGAUGGACCGUCCCCCAGCGCCAAAGACAGAUUUGGAGACUUCAAUCUGAAGCUAAACAGUUACACGCGUAAACUCUUUUCCGAACAGGGCAGACUGAUGGACGUGUUGAAGGCAAUCCGGAAAGAGAGAAACCAACGUCAAACCCAAUUGUCUCAGCCGUCCGAAGACGCGCCAGAUGAUCAGGCGGCCCUGCCGAACUAGAAGCGGUGCAUCCGUAUUCUGUAUGCGUAGAAACGAAAUGCAUCGACAGACUUGUUUCAUACAUAUCCAUGAUAUUAGUAUAUAUUCAUGGUGUGUGUAUACAUGGACUUAUUGUAUAGAUGUUUUAUCGUUUUAGAACAAUCGUUUGGCUCUUGUUAAUCUUCUGAACUGGG